UGAGUCUCUCUGGUUUCAGAUGGAGGUGAUCGUGGGUGAUUUUGGGAUCGUGGUGGUUCCUCGUGACGGAGCAGACACGGAGAAGAUCAUGAACCACUCCUCCAUCCUGCGCAAGUUCAAGGACAACAUCACGGUGGUGAAAGAUGAAAUCAGCCACCCGAUGUCCAUCGUCAGCUCCACCAAGAGCAGACUGGCCCUUCAGCACGGAGACGGCCAUGUUGUGGAUUACCUGAAUCAGCCCGUCAUCGACUACAUCCUGAAGAGUCAACUCUACAUCAACACCUCCGGAUAAACAGAGUCCAAAACCUCCAUCAGA